AUGGGACGUGCCUUGAAGAAGGUUGCAGAAUUAGACAUUCACGCAGAACUGGGUUUUAUGAAGAAAAGAACGCAACAACUCGAAGAGGAGAAUGCUGAUGCAAAGGCCAUCUCAGCCGCAAUGAAAGAUUAUGGACUUAAGAGGGCAAACUUAUAUGGAUGGCCAAACACUUACGUAUUGACAAAAGCACUGGGAGAAAUGUUUCUGUCACAUCUCAAGGAUCAGAUUCCUCUAGUCAUCAUACGCCCAACCAUGGUGACCAGUACCUACAAAGAACCCUUUCCUGGCUGGAUUGAAGGUUUCAGAACAGUGGAUGCUGUGAUCGGUGGCUAUGCCAAAGGAAAAUUAACUUGCUUUCCGGGUAAUCCUAAGACAAUUUUAGACUUGGGAUUAAAUUUAGCGAACAAAGUGCUUUGCGGAGGCUUCCAAGAUGCUUACAGUGGCAACCACAGGAAAAUCAAAAUGCUGACACGAAUGGCUGAGCUUUACAAACCUUACGUGUUUUUCAAGGCUACCUUCGACGACAGCAACACAGAAAAGCUAAGGAAGGCAACAAAGUGGUGGGAGGGCGUUGGAAGUAUUGAUUGGAGUGAGUACAUGAUGGACGUGCACAUUCCUGGCCUCGUCAAGUAUGCAAUUAAGUAA